AUGAUUGCUGGAUUUGCAACAUGGGAGUUCGACCCAACUGAACUGGAAAAUCCGUUCAGGGAAGGUGUAGGAUCAGUCCACAUGUGGCAAGGGACCGAAGACAGGAUUAUUCCGAGCGAACUUAACCAAUAUGUAUCAAAGAAGCUUCCAUGGAUCAAGUACCACGAACUCUCAGGCUAUGGACAUCUUCUACACGCCGAGGAGCAGAUUUGUGAAGACAUUAUAAAGGCGCUUCUUGUCGAUAAGCUCCAGAGUGAAGCCGUGAGAGAGGCGAUAUCCUCCAUGAUCACUCACUGUAAGGAGACAAAGCCACGCAAGUUCACUGAGACCAUCGAACUCCAGAUUGGUCUUAAGAACUAUGACCCACAAAAGGACAAGCGGUUUAGCGGUUCCGUUAAGUUGCCUCACAUUCCUAGGCCUAAGAUGAAGAUUUGCAUGCUUGGUGAUGCUCAGCACGUUGAAGAGGCUGAGAAGAUUGGGUUAGACUCUAUGGAUGUUGAAGCUCUUAAGAAGUUGAACAAGAACAAGAAACUUGUUAAGAAGCUUGCUAAGAAGUUCCAUGCAUUCCUUGCUUCUGAGUCUGUCAUUAAACAGAUUCCUCGUCUUCUUGGUCCUGGUCUCAACAAGGCGGGAAAGUUCCCAACUCUUGUUAGCCACCAAGAGUCUUUGGAAGCUAAAGUGAAUGAGACUAAGGCAACAGUGAAGUUCCAGCUCAAGAAGGUUCUGUGCAUGGGUGUUGCUGUUGGAAAUCUCGGCAUGGAAGAGAAGCAGAUCUUCCAGAAUGUUCAGAUGAGCGUCAACUUCCUUGUUUCACUCUUGAAGAAAAACUGGCAAAAUGUGAGGUGCUUGUACUUAAAGAGCACAAUGGGCCCACCAAACCGUGUUUUCUAAGGUUUUCUUAUCUCAAAGUUUCUCUGAAGGUAUCAUCAGACUGAGAGGAAAUUUGAUUUUCUUCUCAGUCAUGAGCCUUCUUCUUCUUGUAUUACUUCCAGUAUCUUUACUUUGUAGGAUCAAGAUUUUGUUGAAAGACAAUUUUGUUUCAGUUUCAGCAUCAAUAUCAGUGGGAUUCUCUCAA